AUGUUGAGUGGAUCUGCGGCUUCCACUGACACUCCAGAAACUGAGGAUGAAACUUUGAAAAAGCUCUACCAUAAGUUACAUAGCGACUUUGGAGACAUCAUUACUGAUGGCAAGAAGCAGAACUUUGACUCGCUUACUGCGAAGCCACACAAGCUUUUCUUUGUUGGCGGUGCUUCCAGGAAUACCAGUAUAGUCCGCAAAAUGGCUUCGAUCAUGGGAUCUACAGCUGGCAAUUUCCAAGUGGAAAUUCCUAACGCUUGUGCCCUCGGAGGAGCCUACAAAGCUAGUUGGAGUAAGGCCUGCGAGCAGCAAAACGAGUGGUUGGACUACAACGAGUAUAUCAAAAAGCACUACGAUUUCAAAGAGGUCAACAUUUUGGACAUCAAGAGCAAAUGGGAAAAUUACUUCCCUGCAAUGGGCCUUUUGGCUAAAAUGGAACUGAAUCUCAAGCACGACUAA